AUGACAGUCCAUGGAGGCCGAGGUGCGGCGUCCGCGUCUCUUGUCAUCAGAAAACAACGAACUGGUGAAGUGUUGCUUGAAGUAACAGUUCCGUCUUAUUCUCCUUCUUCUUCCUCCUCACGUGUGCCCAGCACUGCAGAGGGAAAAGAGUCUAGUUUAUUCAGCGACGCAUUCACUUUUAUUGCGGAGGCACAAGCGAAAACUUAUGAUUUUUUUGGCCGCAAUAUGGUGAAGGAGUCAGGAACAAUCUCAACAGCAGAUACCACCGUGACUCGGGCUAGAAGAGAAAAUUACGUGGAUGCAAUGAUGUCGUGUGAUGCACCCAGCAGCAGUUUCUUGGACUCUGCAGAGUGGGAAGGCGAUGGUACAAAUGACAAGAGUGUUUCUUCAGGAGAAGGAAAUGCAGAUGAAGAGAAUGGCGAUUAUGGUAGCGAAUUCUAUUCCUCCACUACACCACAUAGUCAUGAGGUGGAUCCACCCGCUAAAAGGCCACGCAAGUAA